AUGAAAAAUCACAAAGAACCGAGUAUAAAUCUUUCACAAGAAAAUUUCGACUUUUCUACCGGUUACGUCGAUCCCUUUGAAUUCCACAAAACUUGCUUCAUGUUUCUUAAAGCUUUUCAAGUUUGGGAUGGGGCAAUACCUAAAUGGACAUAUUUGCUGAAAGCGUUAAUACUUUUCUGCGGUCUGAGUGCCCUAACCCUAUUACAAUUGGGUUUUUACCAUGGACUCGACACCCGCGACCUUCCAUAUAUGACAGAGUCGGGAACUUAUGUUCUGAUAAUGAUUUACAAGCUUUUAAUUAUGUCAUGUACUGUAUGGAAUUUGCCAGACUAUCACAAUUUAUUACGAAUUAUCAGGGAAGAUUUUCAAUAUGUGUGUAACAAAGGGAAGAAAUACAGGGAACGAUUUUUUCAAAAUCAACUUAAAAUCUGGAAAAUCUGUCAAAUCAGCAUGGUGUUUUUGGUAUGCAUUGCAUUGGGAAUGAUGCUAUUUUCCAUAGCAUCAUUGAUAUGGUAUUUAAAAACUCAUGGUUCUGAAAUUGGCACACGGCCCUUGCCUUUUCCGAUCUGGGUCCCUCAUGUCGAUAUUGGGAAGUCACCUCUGUAUGAAGUAUGUCUUAUAUAUUCAAACAUCUGUGUCGUGACAUAUGCUAUAAAUUUUAUAUUUAUGAUGCAGAUCCAAAUAUUGUGGAUAGGCGAAAUAGCUACCAAGGCUGACUUAGUUAUUUGGAGUAUUGAAGAUCUUAUGAAUGGAAUUCGCCCGGCUCUCAACAAACAAGAGGAGUUGUAUUUUUCUACUUUGCUAAAACAACGUAUGCAGGAAAUUGUUAAAAUUCACAAAUCUAUGAUUGAACUCAUGACCAGCUACGCCCGAGUCUAUACAAAAUUAUUAAUGUUUGAGCAAAAAGUUUGCGCGCCCGUCGUUUGUUUGAGCGCCUACGGUGCAACCGAGAUUCUGGAAAAAACUGGCGAAAUUAAUGGUAUAUUAGUAAUAUUAUGUAUUGCAACUAUAAUAUCAGUAUUCAUACCAAGUUGUUUGUGCAAUUUCCUAUCUAUUAAGGUUAGUUCUAUUUGCUACGCGUGCUGGAAUAUUCCAUUUUGGAACGCGACUCCGGUCAUUCGUCCAUACAUAGUGCUUAUUAUGCAAAGAUCGUUGAGACCAUUGCCUAUAAAAGCUUCAGGAUUCGAAGAGGUUUCAAUCGAAACAUUUUCAAAUAAAAUGGCGUCCGCCUAUUCAUUCUACAAUAUGUUAAGGCAUAUAAAAAUUUAA